CUCGCCUGACGGCACAUGGCAGCGGAGCGCUCGGCUGCGCCGCAGGUUCGCUAGGGCCGGGCUCUGGCCAGCGCAUCCAGGCUCUCUAGGUCCGCCGAGUUACCGCAGGGAUUAAAAUGCAGCUGGCCGCCUGCUUCUUUUUGGGCUGCGGCAUAUUCUUAGCUUCAGGAUACAACUCCUUCAGUAAGAGCAUGGAGACGAUAGGCAAGAAGCAGUACCAGGUCCAGCACGGGUCGUGCAGCUACACCUUCCUUCUGCCCGAGGCGGACAACUGCCGCUCCUCGACUCCCUACGUGUCCAACGCGGUGCAGAGGGAUGCACCUCUGGACUAUGACGAUUCAGUUCAAAGGCUGCAGCUACUUGAGAACAUCAUGGAGAACAACACUCAGUGGCUAAUGAAGCUUGAGAAUUACAUCCAAGACAGUAUGAAGAAAGAAAUGGUAGAGAUCCAGCAAACUGCAGUGCAGAACCAGACUGCAGUAAUGAUUGAAAUAGGCACAAACUUGCUAAAUCAAACAGCUGAACAGACCCGCAAAUUAACAGAUGUUGAAGCACAAGUAUUAAACCAGACAACCCGGCUUGAACUUCAGCUUUUGGAACACUCUCUUUCAACAAACAAACUAGAAAAACAGAUUUCAGAUCAGACCAAUGAGAUAACUAAAUUACAAGAAAAAAACAGCUUUUUAGAAAAAAGAGUUCUUGAGAUGGAAGACAAGCACAUGCUUCAGCUGAAGUCAAUAAAAGAUGAAAAAGAUCAGCUUCAAGUCCUAGUAACCCGACAGAAUUCUAUUAUAGAAGAACUGGAAAAACAGUUAGUUACAGCUACAGUAAACAACUCAGUUCUGCAAAAACAGCAACACGAUCUGAUGGAGACAGUUCACAGCUUGCUUACUAUGAUAUCGACACCAAACUCAAAGAACAACUUCAUAGCCAAAGAGGAGCAAAUCAGCUUCAAAGACUGUGCUGAAGCUUUCAAAUCUGGACUUACAGCAAAUGGAAUCUACACUUUAACAGUUUCAAGCACUGCACAAGAGAAGAAGGCCUACUGCGACAUGGAAACUGCUGGAGGAGGUUGGACAGUUAUUCAGAAACGGGAAGAUGGCAGUGUGGACUUCCAUCGGACGUGGAAGGAGUACAAGAUGGGAUUUGGUGAUCCUGCUGGAGAGUACUGGCUGGGAAAUGAGUUUGUUUCUCAACUGACUAAUCAGAAGCGUUAUGUUCUUAAAAUACAACUGAAAGACUGGGAAGGAAAUGAGGCAUAUUCAUUGUAUGACCACUUCUCUCUAGCAAGUGAAGAACAAAAAUACAGGAUUUACCUUAAAGGACUUACUGGGACAGCGGGCAAAAUAAGUAGUAUAAGCCAACCAGGAAAUGAUUUUAGCACAAAGGAUGCAGACAAUGACAAAUGUAUUUGCAAAUGUUCACAAAUGCUAACAGGAGGAUGGUGGUUUGAUGCAUGUGGUCCUUCUAACCUCAAUGGAAUGUAUUAUCCAUUACGACAGAACAACAACAAGUUUAACGGGAUCAAGUGGUACUACUGGAAGGGCUCGGGAUACUCUCUCAAAGCUACAACUAUGAUGAUUCGACCAGCAGAUUUCUAAAUGCUUUGUCAUUAUGUGAAUGAUGUAUUGUAUAGUCUUCCAAGACUUAUUUUACCAAGCAACUUGUCUCAUUUUUUCAAGCCCAGAAACAUGCACUAGUGUUCUGAAGGGGUCAGUUCAGUUCCUGAAUUGCAAUCGCCUUGAUCAGCUAAAGCUCAAUAUUAUUCAACCAGACACAAUGUCUAAAGCAUCAACCUGAUAUAACAGUGAUUUGGCCAAAUGACUCAAUAAAACAAACAUCCAAAACCGUCGGACAACUUAAGGACUCUGUUUUACUGAUCAUUAAUGUUAUGUAUGUGUUACUAAAUAACUGGAACUGUGAAAAAAUCCCUAAAAUACUUUUAGGAAUAUGCAUUUCACCUCACCUCUGAACUUUAAACGUUAAUAUAAAACACAUAGCUAGAUCUAGAACUAUUUAUCUUUCCGUGUCAUGUGUGCCCUUUAUGUACAUAAAAAAAAUACUGUUCUGUAAUUAGCUCAAUCCUAGUUAGGGAAUACAUUCUUUUCCCCCAUAGUCUCCUAAACAACUUCUUACACUUAUUUGAGGAUUUUUCCAGUAGCCUGUAUGACUAUGUUUAACAGAGGACAAAUACCAUUUAAAUAGUUUGCAUUUAUUCUUGGGAAAUACCAUUUACAAAAAUCAUCAUUUUUUCAGUCUAUUUCAGUCACUGUCUUUAAAUUACAGAAACCCCCUAUGAAUUACAAUAUAGCAUGUAUUCCUAUACAUUUUUAUGAAGAUUGCACUUUUUUCUUCCCUUGUCAUUUACCUGUAAAAUAACUGACCAGUAUUUUAUAAACUGAGACAACAGCAUUAACACCAGAUGUCCGGUUGUCUAUGACAAUCAUUUAUCACCUGGUGCUGUAAUAUAUCUAUAUGUUUUGUAAAAAUAACCUAAUUGAAAAACAUAUGCAUGUUCUUUGAUACAAUUAAAUUUAUGCUUAUGACUUAAGAUACAAAUUACUACAUUUUAAGAACAGGAAGAAAAAGAAUCUGAAAAUUAUCUAAGGUCACACUAUGGGUUUUUUUCACUAAGGUUAGAACUUCAUAAAAAUUCUCUGUAGGUAGGCCCUCAAUGUACGGCACAAUGUGAAUAAAUUACUCUACUGGGUGAUCUUUGCUCCCCCCCCCCCCCCCCCCCUUCAUUUUAUUACUAUAUGCAUUAAAAUUGUGCACUAAACAUGCAAAUCAGAUUGAGAAGAUAUUUCUUCAUACAUCACAAUAAUUUAGUGGAGGUUUUUCUCCAAAUUAAGUUAAGCUUUUAAUUUUCAUCCUUAUUCUUUGCCUCAUAUUGUCGUAAAACUUUGAUUUCAGCAGAUGACUGAAUUAGUUACAAUGCAGGAACUUAACGCACAACAAAACAAAAACCCCAGACAUAUUUCUGGAAGCUAACUUAACAAAAGGUGUUGUAAGGAUAACAAGGCUUGUGAAGGAUCUAGAAAAAAUAUUGUAUGAGGAGGGGGUGAGGGAUCUGGGGUUGUUUAGAUGGAGAAGAGGAGGUUCAGGGGGGACCUCAUCACUCCCUUCAAUCACCUGAAAGGAGGUUGUAGUGAGGUGUGUGUCUGGUCUCUCUUCUACUGUGCCGGCAGUGACAGGCCCAGAAGAAAUGGCCUUGAGACAGGUGAGAUUCAGAUUAGGUAUUAGAAAAAAAAUUUCAGUGGUCAGGCAUUGAAACUGAAUUGGAAUUUCAGUGGUCAUGGCAAAAAUAAUUUAAUAUUGCAUGGCUAGUAUUGAUUUGUUGAAAAAAAGUUUAUAGAAUUUGAGGCUUUCUGAUGACUGUUCUGGGAAACUGAUCAAAAAUACUGAUGUAGACACUGAGUGGAUCAAUUAAUACUGAUGUAAACAUUGAAUGGAUCAAUUGUUUAAUGAGACUCCAUUUUGGGGGAAAAAGGAUCAAUUUAUCAACACAAAUGUAUAAUUUAGAGGGAGUAUGUCUUUAGAUGACAUUUCAUCUAAAGAAGAUUGCAUGGUUUGAACUCCAAACACCAAAGUGAAGCAACAGGAGACAUGUCAGAAGGAAGGCAAUAAUAGGAAAUAGAAAGCUGCAAAAACUGCUUUGGACUUGGUACAAACAAUUAAAACAUAACUGCAAGGUAACCACUACUUUUAAUUCCUUCCUGUAAUCAAAUAAACAGUAUGUGAAACUAGGAUGUACUUCCAUUUUCUCUAAGUACUUUUUAGGAAGCAGGAAAGAAACAAGAAAAAAAAAAAAAAAAGGCAAAUAAAAACACCAUUCAUGCUCAAAUAAUAAUUGCAUCUUAAAAAAUAAGGUAUCUGUUACAGUAAGAAAUGAGAGUGACUAAAUAAGGGAAUGAUUGGAAUGGUAAUGGAAAUAUUGCCUUGGACUCCAACUUUGUUCCUUUGCAAGAACAGCACAUUGCAAAAAGAAGUGAUUAAGGUUCUUAGCACAACCCUAACCUCCCUCAAUUUUACAUUCUCACCGUCUUUCAAAUUCUCCUUACUUCUGCUUCAGGAAUAAAACCUCUAAAUGGAAUCUCAAAAACAACCCCAAGAGGAAUCACUUCUAAAGAAUGCUAUGUACAUUGCUAUUGAUAGCAUACUUUGUUAUUAAUCAAGGUAGUCUGAAAAGAAACAGAAAACUCAAAGCAACUUAACAUGAAAUUCAGUGUAGUUUUUUUUCCAUAGAAAUAUAGAAUAGGGGAAAAAAAUAACAUGCUUCUUAUUUACUUUUCACAAUAAGUUUUACCAUUCUUAUUGCAUUUGAUAUAUAAAACAAUCUACUUUCUCAUUUUAUGAAAUAAUAUGAAAUUAUAAUGGAUAGUUAAUUUCUUGAGGGUUAUUUGAGAAUAACUGCUACAGUUUCCCUAAACUUUGAGAGCAUACAACUUACAAUCAAAAAAUAAAGCUUCAUGUUGAAUAUGUACAUUUACAUAAGUUAUAGAUUUUGAAAUAAUGCUAAACAGAUGUUCUUAACAGUUAAUAAAAUUACAGUAAAAAUAAAUAUCAUACCCCAUUUAACUACUUUCUUCAAGACCUGUAUGAAAUUUUGAGAAAUAAACUGCAGACACUAAUUUAGUGGAGGGAAAAUUAUUGGAAUGAUUGACUAGUAACUAGCUAGCAUUCUACUUGUUUUAAUACCAAAAUAAAAUUUCUGUUUAAUAAAUUACAAUACAUGAAGUGCACUGAGGUCUACAGAGGUACAUCAUGCCCCCACAUACCCCCUUUUGCACUAGUUCCUAAUUCAAUACUUGAGAAUGAUUAUUAGAGGCAGGAAAAAUGCUUCAUUUUUUUCUGCUUAGCAGUUCUAGAAGACCACGGUACUUUUCCAUUACCCCAAAAAAUUGGAAAAACACUGGGCCAAAAAAAUUGAGUCCCUGACCUGCAAAUCUUUCCAUUUGGCAAUAACAUGCCUCUUCAGUUUGUACACAGGUACAGAUAGAAAUAAAAUUAAAGUACAUUUAUACUUCAGUAAGAUGCUGGUUUAUUCAGGUGUUAAUUGGUGAACAAGUAUUUUGCAUUUUCCACAUGUACCAAAGCUUUUGCACACACUUCAA